AUCGAUUUAGAAAAAGAGGCACAACGAAACUACAAAAAAGAAAACGGAAUUGUGUUUUGCGUGCAACAUUCGCUGCAUUUUGCCCGCUCAAAUCCAAAGAAUACAUGCAGUAAGCGUCGUGUGUUGCGUGUAGUGAACCCUUCUCUACCAUGGCAAACGAUCGUGAAAUAUUGCGUGAAAUUUGGGAGGGUAAAAUUCCAGUACAUUUUAAGCUAUCGGCCGACGAAACGGACGUCGAGCCGGAAGAGUAUUUUCUGCUCAUACCCCGGUUAAGCUACUUUCCGCUCGUUACUGAUAAAGUAAGGAAACAUUUCCUUCGAUUCGUGUCGAACGAGCUACAGGAUGGAGAAAUGUGGAUGGACAGCAACGGGACACCACUGAAGUGGCACUUUCCCAUAGGCGUUCUUUACGAUUUGCUCGUUGGCACCGAUGGUACACUGCCAUGGCACGUAACAGUACAUUUCUCCAAGUUUCCCGAUGAUAUUCUCAUUCGAUGUCCAAACAAAGAAAUUGUUGAAGCACACUUUAUGUCUAGUCUCAAAGAAGCCGAUGUACUGAAGCAUCGCGGUCAAGUGGUAUCGGCAAUGCAGAAGAAAGAUCACAAUCAACUAUGGUUAGGAUUAGUUAAUGAUAAGUUUGACCAGUUCUGGGCAGUAAACAGGCGAUUGAUGGAGCCCAUUCCCGACCAGGACGGCUUCAAACACAUUCCAGUACGGUGCUAUGCCGAGGAUGGUACAUACCAGCAGAAACUAGUCGCACCCAGCACUGCAUCCGGUCAGAAGCGUCUGUUGCAAGAUUUGUUGGACGAUUUCUCAACACCUGUUAGGAAAGCAGGCAAUCGCAAGCAUACCCUCCCGGACACAAAGCUACACCCAAACAAUGCCCGCUUUGCAUUAGCUCUUCUCUAUCGGGGUGCCUUGCUAUUGUGAUCCGUUGUCCUACGGUACGGUGGCUCCUGAGUCGAAGGGAUGGCAUUGUGAAAAUUAUUGGCAUUUUCGCCCAGAUAGGCAAGCAGAGAUAGGGGGCGCUAUUGUCCUGUGAGUCAAACAAACCUGCACCAGGGUUCCUGGAGCAAUUGAAUGGGCACCCAGACGGAGGGAUGCGAACGAAGGACAAUACGUGAUGGUGCGUACGUUAGGGAUUACCCUUAGCCCAGUGGUGCAGGUACCGAGGCAAGGUACCCCUGGGCGGCUUGUAAGUCUAAUUUGUUCCACUGCAAUUGCCGUAUCCUUGAACUGAACUCACAUUUCCCAUCUCGUGUGAUCGCCUAUAGCAAGUACAGUAUGGGAUGUCCUGCCAGGAAAUCAUGCGAGACAGCACGGAGACGUUAGAAAGAUCCAUCUCGGUGGGUCAUUUCGAGGGCCGCAUAAUACGAUGCAACCGGAUAGCUAAUUUUCUCACACUUGUCACACCAGGUGUGGCAACGGUGUGUCCGCGCCAAUUGGACGGAAGUGAUAUGUGUUACCCGACUCGCCGACCUGAUGUGCCGAUCGACAAAAUUGAUAUUUUGUUUACGAAUUUCCAGCGCGUCCGGCCGGAAUACGAAAUGAGGGUUCAAUUUUUCGUCCCCCAUCGUUCGCCCCGGUCGCCAUACGCGAAAUACGCGGUCGCCUCCGGUCCGCACUCAUGUCUCGCGACUCAUUAAUAUUGCUAACGAGCGACGAUUAUUUCUAUGUCGUAUGUAUUUAAAGCUCUAGUCUUUUUCGAUUUUCGAUAGGCCGAUUUUUCGACUUCUACCCUGCCCUGCCCUGCUGUCGCUCCACUCCACUCCAUCAUCCACUUUCGCCACAUAGGUCUAUCCCCACUAACUGGUGAGGUGGGGACCAGCGGACGAAUCAAAGCGAUCUGAUUUGCCGGAUCCCGUACCCCUUGGUGGUAUAUGCAAAUUGUGUGCCGUACGCCGAAAUUUUGCGAUUGGUCCGUGCCGGCGUACGACGCGUAGACCAUACCACAGGUAUAUGCGCGUCUGUUGGUCUGCUAGGGGUGGUUUUUUUUUUGGAAGUCUGCGCGCAGAGAGACGAUAGACACGAAUUGAUGUAUUUUAUGGCCAAUUAGGAUGGUGCGCGAUCGCAUCCGUUUCGAAUAGUGCCGCGACGGGCGAAGGCCAGUAGUUUUGAGCCGUAUUUAGGAGCAGACCUCUACAACAAAUCCACCGUGUGACUUGUGUCCUGCGGGGUGGGACAAUUUAUUAGCCCGAGUGUGAUCCUGGUGCUAACAUUUAGCUGCCAUGGGUAGCUGUGCAACCUAAUAAAUUGCGCUUAUUUUCUCUUCUACAACAGUUUAAAUGUUGACAUGCCAUAAAAUUGCUCUAUUUAUGUACAACAGUGAACUUUAAGCUCUUUCCAUAACCGUGUGUUAAUAUAUGCAACGAAAAAACACAGGUCGCCAUCUAUCAAGCCGCUUCCUUUUCUUGAACCCACUUCAGAUUACAUCUAAUCAAUGAUGAAAUUUUUUUUAAUGAAUGUUUUCUUUUAAUGAAUUCAAUUAGCGGCUCUCAAUCACGCACACACAAUGUUUGGUAAUAGGUGUCUCAAUCGAUUGUUUGCUUAUUGGACGUUGAAUGCUGGAUUGACAGUUGCAGGUUGAAGAAAGCGUACCGGCUUGCCUGACUUCCGCCUCAAUCGAAAAAAAAAAAAAUGACGGAUCGACGGGUACGCGCGACGUAUAUCAGCGCUGACAGCUCCCAAUUUCACGCUCCGAUCGAUCACAUGACUCAACUUUUCCGAUCAUCAUCUCGUCACACGCUGCAAGAUGAUAAGCAAUGAAAUAAUUGAUGGCCAAUCACGGGGACGACUUCAUCACCUUUUCCAUCGGUCUGGGGAUGGCUGUGAAAGCUGGUUAAGAACAGCACCCCAGCCAGUGUGUUGCGAUAUUUGAGGACUCUCUCGUCUCCACUUGUCCGAGUCUCCGUAAAAGAAUAGUGCGUUUUACUAGUACGCUCACGUACAAUCAAUUAGCGAAAAUUUGUUCACCCUCCUUUGCCGUUCGUCCUCGGGUUUCGCAUAUUUCAUGUGUCGGUCGUCACCUGUCAAGUGUCACAGGUGUGGUUAGUUCUUCCGCGCGGCCGUGCACCACGAUGAUGGGCAACCAUCGUCGGUGAGUCGCGUGUGCCAUCGGCAGUCGUCCGAUCUACGCGAUUCUUGAUACGAUUGCCCGUGCAUAUUUGUUUACCAGAUCGUCGUCGAUUGCACGAAUGAGAUGGGAUCGGUUCAUCGAUUCGUUGGCUUUCGCUAGGGGGUAGGGAUAUGUUUUUGGGGUGUUGCAAAAUCAAACCCAACCCCAACCGGGUACGGCACAACACCUCCCAUGCCGAACGAAGAGUGGGGGCCGAACUGUUUUUGGCUAGUGUGUUUAUUAAAGGAGUAUGUUUGUUGAUUGUUUGAGGUCUUUGCGUAUACCUUGCCGUGCCAUGGCUUGGAGUAGUGUGCCCCCGGAUGGGGCGGGCCGUCGAUCGUUUAUGUACGAUAAGGAUGCCUUGCGCAUCACCGAGGGCCGGGUACUUGAUGAAACUAUACGCGAGACUAUGCAAUGCGCACGACAGUCUAGCUAGUGUCAUCUAUCAAUUAGUCGUUUGUCGAUGGAUAGCUUGACGUGCCGUUGUCGCUUUAUAAUAUCUGAUUUAUGGGAACUAACCAGACUCGCUGUCCCCCGUGACAAUUGAUACUAAAACAUUCAUGGCCUGCUGGUGCGUCGUCGACCGAACCCUUCAGAGGACCACUCCGCCAGCUCGUGGUAGCAUUCCAACCGACGGUGACGGGUGAUGUUAUACCAAACCGAUUCCUUGCCCUGAAACUAAGGUGGAUGUGCUACCCAGAUGAAGAUGGAUCGGCCGGAUAGCUGUUUGCACUAAGAUGUGUGAAUUCAAUUAAUAUCAACAAUUCGGUGGCAUUUUUCGGCUGGCAAACAACAAACAAAUAAAUUUCAAAACCGAGCGUUGUGGGUGAUGAACCGGGUUUCGGGUUCAAUUGAGGUACCGGUUGUAUAGCAUUCCUGGGAUGCCACUGCCGCCGUACUGCUGUGCACAUUCCUUGCGCUGGUGAUCUACUUCGAAAAUAGCAAAGCAUUCUUCCCAGAUUCUGGGGAAAACGAAAUUCUUGACUGAUUUUACCCUCACGCAUAUUUUUCACAAUUUCAAUUAUUAUGGUGUGACGAUUGUUGGCAGGUCCCCGGGCCACAAAAGGAAUUUUGCGAUGGGUUCGGUAAUGUACUCGGUACGUUGGCUAGAAUUUUUCAAGCAAUUUUGCUCUGCGAUGCUAAUUGGAUUUAGUAUUGAUUUAAGGAGACGCGAGUACGUUUGAUGUUUUAGCAGAGUAAUUAGCAAUGUGCGCGAUCAUAACACAACAAGGAAAUACGCUCGCAAAAGAAAUAUUUGGGAGCUGAAAGGGUUAAAUGUUGAUUAUGUCAGCGUGGCCAUUGUUUUGGUAUGAUCUUAAAUACAACAUAGACAUUAUUUUUCUUAAAGGUUCUGAACUCUCUUGACAUGAAUCCUGAUGUUGGCAAAUAUUUGAAGAACUCUUAAGAAGCGUAAGGUACCUGUGAUACGAUCACACCAAGGUCCAAUUAAUUGCUGAUUAGAUAUGUCCAGGGGGCAGUCCGGAGAUAACGGUGGCGGUCAUCACAUGGUAGGACCGGAGUUCAAAUCCCUUCCAGACCGCCUUCUCCCCGUAUGCAGGACUGACUAACUUGUUACGGGUAAAACCAACUGCCAGAAUUGUGGCAGUCCGAGAGCUCUCGAGGUUGUAGUGGCAAGAAGGAAGAAGAAGAAAAAGAUUUGCUCAGCAGCACCGUUAAUUAGUUGAUAACGGCGGUAUAUACUUUAAUAUUCUGAAACAACUGUGCAAGAGUUCAAGUUGCAUAAAAAACCCUUGAAUAGACGCAUGAUUGGACUAUGUCCCAUACAGCGGAUAUAUUGACUUGAAAAACAGGAUAAGGAGUAUUGUACAAAGGCUCUUGUGGGAUUAGAUUCACAAUAUUUGGAACAUCUUAAGCGGAACAUAGGCUUUCCUCCACGCGACAGGAUUCACUAUUUGAAUCUCACCCGGAACGUCUCCGCACUCUAAUGCAGCAAAGACUAUCCAGAUACAAUAAAUCAGAAAUGUUAGGCAGAGACCUCUUGAGCUUGCAGAGUUAGCAGAACCGAAGAUCAUCAGCUAGUUCUCCAAUGGUCAGAUAAAGUGGUCAGUACAUGAGGAUUUUAGUGACUGUUGAACUCUCUCAGAUCAUUCCAGGUUUAACAUAGAUCUCCAUAUACUAAUGUGCGACUUAGUCAGUUCUCUCUGUUAAGCUAUUAAGCUUGGAACGUUAAACUGUUAAAUCCAAACCCCAAGUAUCCGGGCACGAUCAUUGCAUGUAACAAAACUACACAAAUAAUUGCGCCUGCGUGUUGAUCAACAUUCUUUAAUAACUAUGAUUGCAAUGUGCAAAAAUACCUACCAAUCUUCCUCGUUUGCCAGCUGGUGUGGAAAGCUGAAAAUGGUUGUUAUUACCCACCGAAAGUGAACAGCCCACCAUCUGUGUGUUCCUACACUUGUUUGCCCGUUGACACCUUGGCGAUUGUUAUUUUUCCACACUCAAUCAUCGAACCUGCCGAUGCGUUUGUGACCCUGUUUAAGUACGGUAUGCAAAGUGUGUUUCGCUGUGCCUGCCUUUCAGGUGCCUACCCGCACCCAUCUGGUCCACCUAGCCCGGGAAUGCACUUUCCAAGGUGUUGGCGGUUAAAUAUUGUUUUAGGAGCAGCCCUCGUCCGUUGCUGCAGUCAGGUACGAUGCAGCCCUGAAAGGACGAUUAAGCUAAAUGCUUUGCAGCUUCCCGGUGCUAGCUGCUACACAAACAGUACCGUACGGGACCGAGAGUCGUAAAACAAAAGAACCCGACGGCCGGGUUUCUUAAGAGGGACACCACCAGAAGGACAUACGGACCAGGCCAGUGUGUUUUACGGGUGUAAUGAAAAGCUAAAAUAGAAGAGCGACCAUAAUGAUGGAUCUUUUUGCCGUAUUGAUGCCGCUGCCCAUUUGCUGUGGGUGUCCUGGAGGUGAGAGAGAGAGCUCUGUAAACGACCCUCACGGAAGGAUCGCACCGAAAAGGUACCUGUGCGCCUCCAGCAAAGAAAAAGGACUGCUGUUUAUUCAGAAAGGUGUGAAUAUUUUAUUACCAUCGUAAAUGUAUAAAUAAGGCACCGGGCAGGAAGAUCGGCACCGGCGGCUGCGAUGGUAGAAGAAGAACAACGAGGCGCAUCCGCACAUGGCGGGCUGUUUUAUGUUGCCUGCUCGAGAGCGCCUUAUUUGCAAAGGAAUUGAGGAGAGCGAUGGCAUCUGAAGAAAGCGAAUGCCGGUGCAUUCCAGCGGAACCGGUGCGAAGUCUGGUGCCUGUGCGCCUGUGGGCCAGUUUACGCACACCUCACCAGAAAGCGAGAGGUAAUUUGAGCCAAGUGGUGAUUUUAUUGCUUUCCCUCUGUAUGUACGGCCCGAACAGCGGUGAACAGCGAUCGUAAGGAAUGGGCGCAGAAGACAACCAGAACUAUCUCCAUGUUCCUGAAGGUGAUAGAGAAUCUUGAACACUGCUCUUUUCGGCAUUGUUUCCCUUACAUAUCCUUGAGACUUUCCAAAGAACCUGCCGGGACCGGCAAUAGUGUGCCGCACCUAUUCACUAGUCUCCGAGAAGGAACCUGCCCGAUGGAUGAUGGACGAGAGUUGCCUUAAAAAAUGCAAAUACAUCUUUUCGAGAAGGCAUCGGUGCAAAGUGCGUCGUCGGCGCUGCGUACCUGCCAUUCAUUCAGCCAGCAUCUCUCCCACGGUUUUCCGUGCCGGGCACAAUACCACCAUCGGACCUCGGGGUGCUGCGGGACGGAUUUUCUUCAGUUAGUCAGACAAAAAUUUGCAUAAAUUAUUAUUUCUUGCAGCAGCGUACCAUUUGUGUCCGUGGAUCUUCUUUUGUAUGGCAGGUCGAUUGGGGGAGUGCCUGACGCAUCUUCAAGCAGCUUGGGGGGUAUUGUUACCUAUGCACUCGCCAAGCCGUGGCUCUUUGUCUGUGCAUUGCUAAUGCUGGCUGAAUGGGAACGCAUUUCGUCUUAAAGCUAUCAUCUGGUCGCACGGGAGAAAGGGGACCUGUCGGUGAAGAAAAACGGGGAAAAAAGGAUUUAAAUUCAGGUACAGAUGCCGUUAAAAGAACAAUCAACAAGAAACAGUGCACCGAACAUUGCAGCGGUCAAAGUAUGGACGUGUGUGGUAAUUAAUUCGGAUAUAUUUAAGACACUAAAAGGGUGAGAGAAAGAUCUUUGCAGAUACCCUAGAUAAGCCUAUUUAUUUGUUUUUUUUUUAAUUGCCUAAGAAGUCUUAGUAUAUUUACUGUUUUGAAUUUUGGAACUUAGAAGAAAUAAUUGUAUACUUCUUUUUUUAAACUGCGCCAACUGCGUUUUAAACUAAAGUGAAUUGCUACGCUGAUACUCACGUGACUCAACCGUCAGGGCUAUCUGUUUACAUGGUUGGAUGGUUUUUUUUUUAUCGGCUAAUGAUGCAUUUCUGCGAUAACGUGGCACCUCGCGCAACAUUAUCAAUCAUCGCGAAAUAGAUUAUCUGGUUUGUUUUAAUUGAAAAUCAUGAUUCAUUGAUAACUACUUUUCGUGGACAACAUUGGACCUACGUGAAUGAACGAUAGAAUUGCUUCUAAUAGUUGAAGGAUGUCAGCGUGUGUAUUUUACUCAAAAUCUGGGUAAAGAAAAGGCUCAAACAAGGGUCUUUUAUAUGCGUUUUAUCAUGAGGAAUAUUGUACAUCACACAACGAUUAUAACCACUACGGAUUUUACAACUUCUUCUCAUUUCUGCAGAUAGCGAGGAACAGAAGUGUCCAUGAUUAUAAAACAUUGCGCCUGGGUUCUUUAUCGUUGUGAAAUUUAAAUGCAAGAGUAAGAGCUUAUGUUUGAACUUUCAAGAAUUUACCAGACAAGAUGGAAAUCAUUAUCAGAAACUCGCCGUCUACAUCAGCGUCGAUGUCGUCCAUUUCCCCCGGGGUCUGAUGAAGAGUCUGCGUUGUUGUUCGAAGAUCGAUUUUUAGGCUAAAUCUCUAGCUCUUGCAUGAGGACCUUGUCAUGACUUGUCUCGGGAGAGAAUAGAAAAUGCGAAAAAAAUAUUUUAAAGACAUCCAUAGGUCCCAACUAACUGCUGAAUGGCUUUUGAAGAAUGAUUCUUGCAUGUAAGAAGACGACGACUGCUAGGACACAGGGUCUUCGUAACUACCCUUAUAAUAUUUAUUUUUCUUACAUUUUAGUGUACUUCUGGUAGGGACUAUUAUUCAGUUCUCAAUUUCCCACGAUAUUCACCACACCACAUCAUCGGCCAUCAUCGUUCAUCUUGAUGAUCACGUUACAUCAUAUUAGCAGAAGCAGAAGAAAAAACGCUGCACAAAUAUUGCGAUUGGAAUGCAAUCACCUGGGAGGGGGGAGCACACAAACACACAAUGUGCAGCAACAUUGCACUCUCCCUUUUUUUCGCUACAAAAGAAGGAAGAAAUCGCUUCCACACCAAAACUGCGUCAUCGAUCGUACUGAUAAGAGGGAACAGUAUUUGAAAAUUAAUAUUUGUAAAACGGUUGUACACCGGGCGGUGGAAGCGGACCGCAAGCGGGAAAAAGGUGAAGGGAGUGUAGGUCAGCCAACCGCGGAUGUUAUACCCUGCAUGGAGCCGUUUUUCGUUGGCUUAUCGCGGCCUCCAGGUUGCACUUUGGAGCACGCUGUGAUGAGCGAUUUUGCUGUUGGACCGAUUUUCGUUUUUUUUUUGCUGUAGGGCCGGCAAGUUAUCGGGAUCGUGUGGUAUCAGAAAUUAACGUCCGAAAGCAGGAACAUAAGAAAGGGGUAACAAUCACCGUGGCGCCAUUAGGGACUCUUCUUAUCUUCGAUUGAUGAUUGGACCGUACCCAUCAUCAUCAUCAUCGCCGUGGGGCUUUUUUUGGAGGGUGGAACAAAGUUUGCUAAAGGUCUCGUGUGUUGGUUUGGUUUGUCACAUGGGGGACGAAUUCGCGUCCGUUACCUAGAUAGGUUCCCGGGUUCCCGGGUGUGUCGACGAUGGGUGGCUGACUUUUUUUUGUGAACAUAUUUUUUUCGUUAGGACCGUUUCGCUCUCAAUAUUGGCUUGCGGUAAAAACAAAACCCGCAAUCAGAAAGCAAACCGAACCGAACCGGUGGCCAACAUUUUGAUGGGCUGACAUCACGAGCACGAAAUAAAACAAUGACCUAAUCGGUCAUCAGCGUAUUUUGGACGCGCGCGCGGCACCAAAGACACAAGUGCGCGCACAGUCCGCAGCGCUGCCAACGGAAGAGAUUAGCCAUCGUGUCGCCCCGUGCACAAGAACCGGCAACAAAUGAAACGAAAAUACAAAGCAGUAGCAGCAGCAGCGGGAGGUCGUGUUCGAUUGCGUGCGAACUAACACGUCGUACGGCCGCUCCGUUUCGAGCCCUGCACAACGGUUAGCCCUUUUUCCUGCGCAUUGAUUGGCACGCGCGUGUUUGUUGCUUCUAACUAGCGCGGCAAGGGUGCGCGCGAAAGGCGAUCGAAGUGGCGCAAUUUUUUUUUAAAUUGAAAAUAAACCUUCUCAUCAUGGCGCUCGAUCGUCAAUCAUCACCAAGCACUUAACGAUCGAAAUCUUACCGAUCGCGCAAAAUUUAAACGAAGCGCAUUUGCAUUUGAUCAAAGCUUUGCCACUGACUUACGCCUGGGUGCGUGAGGUGUGGGAGAAGGGAGGACGGGGGUUGUAUGUAGGGGUAGCAUUUUUUUUGGGGGCUGUUCUUCGUCACCACAUUACACACAUACCUUUGGUUGGAGGGCUUCAACAUCCGACGGUCCCUCUCUAACGCACAGCUCACCCCAGUGAGGACGAAUGAAAGAGAAAGCUUGUUUUUUGGGUUCCUUUUUUGCGAUGGCCCAAAACGUUUUUUCGUUUGUUCUUUGCCGCUUGAAUGUACGCAAAUUUAACGUUAACGCCAACAAAAACACACCGUAAAGAAAGUGUGUAACAGGUCCGCUAAACACUCGGGCAAAACGUAAACGUUCACGAUUGAUCUUAUUUUUAGGCAAUCUUGGUUGGUUUUAUAUUACGUGUUAAUUAACAGUUUAUGGUUUUAAGUAGGGUUUAAAAUUAUUUUUUGUCGGAUUUCUCGGCAUUUUUAAGUUUUUUUUUUAUGUUUAUUUAGGAAUAAUUAAUUUCCGCAUUGUUUCAUUGAAGAUUUUAUUUGGUUUUAUAGCUAUUAAACUUAGCUCACAUGCUAUAAAAUACAAAUAUGGUAAGCUAAGUAUUAUAAUUAUAAGGUAAACUUUUAUUUCAUAUUUAAUUUUAAAUUGCUUGUUACUUAACAUUUUUGUUCGAUUAUUACUGAGCUGAUUGUAGUAAUUGCGGUCCAAAAACUCCAUCUUUUCUUUUUCUUGUCAUGCGUCAACAAACAUAAAUCACAGAAGCGCUUCUAUUUAACGCCUAUCAUGACUUCAGCUUGUAAAUCUCAAUCUACUAGCCAGCUUCCAGCAAAAGUUUGACCAAUAGGUAAACGCAUUCAGAAGAAUUUGACAACAAUGUAUACCAUUUUGAUUGAUUAAUCGCUAAAUAUAGGUCUUAUAUACGCUACAUGGUUAUAAUUUCUUCUAAAAUAUGCAUAAAUCUUGCACAAAAAAAAUACUCAUAAAAACACUAAAACAAUCGUUUAAUCGAGCGUUGCAUGAAACUUAUUUUAGGUUUGCCCGAAAAACAAAAUCUUAUACUUUUGACGAUGGUCAAUCGUGCCUGUCAGUUCGUAUGAAGAUCUGCCAACACCGAAUCGGCAAAACACAUUGGUUAUUUUCUAAAUUUUAAGUAAAACAUAUUUUAUAGUAAAAUAAACUUAGCAAAUAAGCUUUAAAAAUAAUUAUAGUAAACUAAAACAAAUUCUCUAUUUGUCCUGAACCCAAUGAUUAAAAUUUCAUAAGAAAAUCAAAAUCUUUACGUUGAUAUUUUUGAAUGAACACUUGGUCCAUAUCUUUUUUUUUUGUUUGGUGGUAAUUGUUCCUAAAUGACACCUAACGCUUUGCUGUCCAUCACCGGGUUUUCCCCCCGUAACGUCAUCGCGCAAAGCGUGUACAUGGGGGGUAAUUUAAUUUGAAGUAUUUUGCUCACCCCACGUUACUGCUGUGCUCAGCAUACUCAUACAGCCCCCAAAGAGACGCAUCGUGGAAUCCCAUCCCAUCUUGGCAACUUGGCACCCGUUAGCGGAGUGGCAUCCACAUUUUUUUCGUUUUUGCUGUCACGCGCAUCGCCUCAUGCGAAAAGCAUCUGCCACGGGGUUGUCUUUUAUGUUUUGUUGAAUUAGAAGAGUGAAUAGUUUUUUUUUUGGUUGUGCAGGAGAGGAGACGAAGCGAUCAAUGAAUGGUUGGGUAGAGGAGGGCGCUAAAUAGGACACUAAGUGCAGAUCCGGUCGUUUUGUAGUGUGGUGUGCAGCUCUCUAAAAGCGGAUUUGCCAACGAAUCCGUGUGCUGCUGUUGUUGGUUAGAUGUGUAGAUCGGACGAUAACGCUGAGUUUCAGCAACAUGCUACUAAUUAAUUUUUUUUAUGGUUGGAUAGAAUUAUGGCAACAAAAAUCUCUGAAUAUUACCAUUAUUCAGUAGUUGCUAUAAUUUAUGUUUUGUUUAAUUAUCUUGAGAUAUUCUCAAUUAUUCAACAGAUCAUCGUAAUUAUCGCAAACUAUUAAAGCAUUUUCUCAGUUUAUUUUAUUCUUUAAGCAGAGCUGCAUAACGCCCAUUAGGAGGCUCUCGGUUAAGAUGGCGCAUUGCCUCAUGGUUGCAUCAUGCAACUGCACAUGCGAAUCCAAGCGCAAGGUUUCGGAGGUGAAGAGGCGGCGCCCGAAGCAGAGGAACACACGAUUCCUAAGUGAGCGUUGAGAAUGUUCGCUUUAUUUUGGCAACGGUAAUUGCAAUCGAAAACAGAAUCCCAUCCGCACAACCUCAGCACACCAUCAGCAGAACCCGCGUGUGACAUCUUGAUGUGGCGUGGUUGAGAUGAUUUUUUCUUUCUCUUGCUCUGCUUCUUGCCUGGCUCUGCUCCUGUUGUGGCAGUGAAACGGUGACUCAAUCGCGCUCAAAAUAUCCUUACGGAUGAGGCAAGCGCGAGGUGAGUGAGUGAGGUGCGAAACGGAGGACGACACACCCACCUAGCCCAGCGUCUUGGUGCAACAACAACAAAAAAAAGGGCAAGUUGUGGCGGUGUUUGGCACAUUACAGACAAAUUGAGGCCUGCAAAAAUUCCGCUCAACAACGUGGUCGCCCCGGUACAGCAAGGGACCGACCGGUUGGUGAGGACCGCUAGGGGUGAUUUCGAAAAUAGAUCAUCUCAACCGACAACAACCAUCGGCUCCCACCGCCAGCGACAACGGUCAACGAUUUGACGUACAUCAAACGAACGUGUACUCGUGGGAAGGGUGGUAGAUCACAUCCCACCGCUCGUCCCCAUUACUUAUCCCUCCUUGACGAGCUGGGUGCCGAGUUGUUGAGCUAGCCAGCAAGGGCUUCAGAAAAAUCGAUCACGAGCUAUCUGCUACUGGGAAUGGAUUGGUGUUCACUGUUACAAAAUUGAGCAUCAAUCGGUGUCCUAUAUCGGGACACGUACUUAGACGAGCCUCCGUCUCAUCCGUACAAAAAGGGAAAAAGUUUCAGCAACGCUUCGUCCUACGAUUGUCCUUUGGCGGGACGUUUUCCUCCCAUCUAGGGGUUAACCAAGUUAACCCGGUGGGUUGGCGCAUCCCAACAAAAGAUUGAACGUUCUUCAUCAACUGCCACCGACUUUCGUGGCUCGGUCGUGGCAGACAAUGUGUCUUCAGCGGCUGCCGUGUCACUGUGGGUUUUUGUGGCAAAGGUGUGUGUGUGUGUGUGUGUGUGAGCGGUUGCUUGUAGCGUUUUUUUGUGGAUGGUUUUAUACUUAUUUUUAAACGCACUGAAAGCGGUCACCGGUCAUUAUCGUCCGAGUGCUGCUGCGGUUACAUGGCGGUGAAGAGGUUUGACGUGAUUUUUCCGAGUAACAAUAACGCCCGCGUGCCCAGCUGGUCGGUGGUGGUCAUUGGUCUUGAAAUGACGUACGUUGAGCAUGCACGAGAACAGACAUUCCACACAAUACAGGAAAAGGUGUAUGGAGGGGGGUUUCCUUCGGCCGUUUGAGGUGCAUGACUCCGUUCCGUUCAGGUUGUUGCAGCACACGAAACGGGGCAGUCCAAGUUAUGAAUGGCAUGAAAGAUUUUGUUUUUUUUGUCUGUGGAAGUGAACGGGCAUUUUUCUAAGAGCUGUAAUAGAAAUAGCUUGUUGUAAACAUGAUAUAAUGGAAGACUUUGUAGAGUGAAGGUAAUUUCAACCUCUCUUAUUCAAAUUGAAGUUGCUUAUGGUUAUACAUGAGCUUACCAUUAGAAGAGAUCUCUCUUUAUAUCGCUUGGUAUCUACAAACUUCGUUAGUCUAGGAGAACAGCUAGACCUAACAACUGGUUACUUCUUCUUGGUUUAACAACUUGGAAGGACUUUCUUGACAUGUAAGUCCUACUUGGAAAACGGUUUAGAGUACUGUCGUAUGAAAGAUCAGGAGCGCUUCCACUUAACGCCUUGAUCCUGAAGAUUCAACAUGAUCUUGAUAUUAGCAACAGAAACUGGGUCUCUGGUUAUUGGCAGAAGAGACCUCUAAUACAUGCAAAAAUAGCAAGAAUUUACAAUUAGAAGGAUAUAAUGUUCUCUGAGGAGGAGGAAGAUGCUACAAUGAUAAGCUCUUCAAGCAGUACGAUGAUCUAACCAUCGUGGAGCGAAUUAGACUCGCCAGGCUCCGAUGGGCUGGUCACGUCAUGAGAAUGACACCGGACGACCCAGGUCGUAAAGGUCUUUUAGGCCGUCCGCACGGACAGAGGAGGUGUGGUAGGCUCAAACUGAGACGUAGUGAUGGUGUUGAUAGCCGUCCCGCCAGAACGGCUGGGGUAAUCGAUUGGCAGACGAAGGCGCUGGACUAUUCUGUGUUUUCAAGAUACCGAGCAGAAAAAAUGGAUGCAUUUGAUUUCAUAUUUUUAUAAUAGGCAGAUAAGUGCCUCCAAUACGAGGCAGUUUCUCAAUGGCCGCCAUAAAUCAGCUUCCCCCCAAAAAAAAAACGCUGCAAUAAAAACUAUAGUUCAAUAGAGUAACAUUCCACACAUCUGACACAGGCGAAAGAAUUUCGAUCUCCUUGAGCCUCAAAAAAAGCCAAAAAAUGGUGCACCGCAAAUCAAAAAUUCCUCCGCACACCGAACCGGAUGGUGAAUGGAAUUUUUCAAUUUUAGCCCAACGGAUGAACGCCGGCGUACCGGAUCCUGCCAAAGGCCUUCUAAUGAAUUAUACCGCGAUGGGAAGGAAAGGCGAACAAAAAAAAAAUAGUUAUCCAUCUCAAUCCUUCCCGGAUGAGGAAUCUUCGGCCGGGGGGAGUACGAUGAGGUGUGUGUGUGUGUCAAGAAGCUGCUCGAGAUGAAGAAAAGAGCUAAAAAUAAUAUGCGCCAAUCGCGGCGUGGAAUGGUGUGGUGUGCCCGCCCCAAAAAACGCACCUUCCGAUUGACAGGAUCUUCCCAAGCAGGCAAUCAGCUCCAGAAUGAUCGGCGGAUUUAAAUCGGACCGGCGACCCUCGGUUGAAGCCCUCCGAAAUGGGUGCGGUGUUUUUUUUUUUCCUGGAAGCGGAGAAAGAUCUUGGAAACAGAGGGUCGCGAGAUGGAAAUGGGAGAUUAUUUUGAAUGAUUUUCAUUGUCCCGAUCUCGGAGUACCGCGUACCCCGGAGCGGGGGAACAGAAGCGACGUACGCUGUUGUAGCAGAAUGUGCCGCCGAGGAGCCGAAUUUAAGGUGCGAAAUAAGCCACGAGUGGGCAAAGAAAAAAGCGAACCCACUAGGGGGGCCACUUUACUGAGGUAAUCUUGAUGAGUUCCCUUUUUUAUUUUUAUUUUUUCUUCUAACUUUAAUAUUUUUUGUGAAAUUGCUUCGGGCGAGCACGACGACGAUGUGUGCCGCCUUGCAAAAAGGAGCGAUAGAAUGAUCCGUUGCCGUUAUGGGGCAGGGUGGCGUCAUCCGACGAACGAACCCGUGGAAGUUGGUUAAAAUUAACACACGCUUAACACUAACCCCCUCGAAAAAAAAACACUCUCCCUGUGCCAGAGGCCUUUCAGAGGGAGAGAGCAACAAAAAAAAAAGACCGAUCCUGGGCUCCUCAACGUCUCGCUGUGUCGGACGCUAUCUUUUCCAUCAUCACUCUGGGUCCGCGCUCUUGUGGAAUUUUGUCUUUCCUUUUUCUGGUCUGGUCCUCGCUUGGACGUCCGUACGCGGUGAACUCAUUUCAAAGCAAUUUUCGAUCCUCAUCGUGUCCGACGACUCUUUUGGGGUGGGGGGGAUUGUAUUUUGAAGCCGUUAGGGAAGCACCCUCGAGAGGUUGGUUUAUUAAUUUUCUAAUCGCGCUUUGACGAGCAUCUUUGGCGCAGCAUCCCUCGAUCGUUCUCUAGAGCAUUUGUGGAGACCGGUUUAGGCAACCAGAACCAAGUUUCUCGAUCAUACGCAGAUACGAUUCACACAUGGACGAUGUGGUGGGGUUUUGAAGCGUUAGCGUUAGGGGAACUCAUCAAGAGCCCGCUUCCACAGUGUUGUUGUGAGUAGGUAGAAUUACCAGAGCGAAUGAUACGCACUGUUUGACGGUUUUGGGAUUCCUUUGGGGACGCUUGAAGCGUUCGAAGAGAUCUUUGGGCCAAA